AUGGCAGGCUCGCGAUCUGCUGCCCAGCGAAGACGAAGACGCAACACAACUUCACGGGCCGUAGACUUUCUAAACAACAUCCAUUCUCCCACCGAUCGGGUCAGCCUCAGUUCUCCCGUUCGGCCUCGACGCUCCCCACGCCGCCAAACAGAGCAGACGAAGCAAUUCCCGCAAAAUUAUGUGAUUCUAGGAAGUCCUGAAUCUCCAGAGGAGGGCGAAUCUCCCGUGUCCAAGCCUAUUCUGCAGAGUGAACCGAUCACUCCAAGACUUUCCAGUCGAAAAAUCGGCCCUGUGCACCCAAGCGGGAGCAUCAAGCUCGGAAACGACUCUAUCAGUAGCUCGGGUGAGAGCUCUGAUCACGAGUCUGAUGAUUCCUCGGAUGAAUCUGAGAGCAACACAACCAAGCGUAUUGAUACGACUGGGGGUAAUCAACAAACCCCCAGGCAGAAUGAAGAUACACGGAGAAGCUCUUUGAAUAAGAAACCCCCGGGGUCGCAGCCAGAUAUAAAUCCUACGAUAGAGAUUCAGAUUGGCCGCGAAUCAUCUGAUGGAAGUUCCGAUGAUAACUCGGAUGAGGACUCUGAAUCCGAGGGUCUAAACAAGGUAGCGAGCCGCAAGGAUCAACCCGAAAAGAUUGGAGAAGAGCCCAAAGAAAUUGAAGUUAAUCCCGAACAUAGCAUUGCUGAGCUUCCCUUUAUGGAGAAGUCAGAUGUGAGUUUCAGUGUUGGUGAAGAUGAUGACUCGGAAAAUGAUUCCGAAGAUAGCUUCCAGGAUAGCUUCCAGGAGCAAGAGGGAAAUCCCAGCCCCCCAGAUGCAACCAUCCAAGAUCGUUACGAAGAAGUCGAUUCUACUCGUGUGAUAUUAUUUUCUUCGGAUUCUGAUGAGGACGAUGACGAACGACACUCUAUGGAAUUUUCUCCUUCACAGCAACUGCAGCACGAGCAGGAGAUAAAUGUGAAUAGCGCACAUGUGGCAAAAGAUGCGACUACACCGGAAGAAGAGCGAGAGAUAGCCGCGACCAGCGAAGAAAUAACAAAAGAUACGACUGUGUUGGAACACGAGCCAGGGCCACCCGUGGAUAGCGAGCCGGAGGCAGAAGAUGCGGCUAAGGAAUCAGACUACUCUCCCUCGAUGGAGGAAUCGGCCUCGGAGGGAUCUCCAGGAGCUGCGUCUGGCCUAUUCAGGUAUACCCCCGAAGGCAGUGAGGAUAGUUUAUCCCCAGCGGCAUCUCCGAAGGACAGGCCGCGGCUGGGAAAUAAAAUACCUGUAGUUGAGAUGCCAGGCCAGCAAAGAGCAUCAUCCGUCUCGACACGCUUGCAAAAUCACCACAAUAGCCGCUCCGAUGAGGGGGCUUCAAGUUCUGCAUCCACGAGGUCUACAGAGAAGCCCCGUUACAUUGGAGACAUUGGAGACAGCCCAUGGUUCACGGAAGCCAAACUGCUUGGUGGACAGAAGGAGAACUGGGAGAUCUUGAUAUCUGAAACGCUUGCCGCUUCUGAGCUUGUCAGCUCAUCCAGGGCUCAUUAUUUCCUACAGAUCGAAACUCUGAUGAUGUCUUUGCGUAAGGAAUAUACCGGGUUAUUCUACAGUUUGAAAAAACAACGUCAACCCUCACCAGAAACCCGACAAACGUGCGAAAGGAUUCGCCGCUCUCUGGACAAUGAAGGGGAUAAGCUCCGUGAAAUGAUUUAUUAUCGCGCGGCGAGGCGGGACGAACAGCUUAAGUCGCUUAGUGGGGAAUUGGCGGAGGAAUUCGAAGCGCGCGUAUACUACCCCAUGGUGAGACUAAUUCUUCAAUGUUUCGAAGCAUACCGCCACCAUGGCAUGCAUCGACGUUUCCAAUGGGCCUACGAUCAUCUUCUCCAAACCAUGAAGCUGCUACAAAAGUUUUGCAGGCGCAGCAAUGCCCAGAAUAUCCGGGGGUAUGUUAAAUUUCGAAGCCGGGCUUGGUCUCUUAUCAGCGUCCUCAACAAUUUAAUUGAUGCUCUGGAGAAGGGUGCUCUGAGUGACCCUGUUCCCACCGCCCUUAAUCAGAGAGAAUGGACAGAUGUUGAGGGAUAUGCUCUUUUGAAAGGGCUAAAACGCUGGCAAGGUCCAGAGCGCUUUCAUCGAAUACUAGAACAAUACCCUAGUAGAUUAGGGGGGCGAACGAUUGGAGAGCUCCGGGCCAAGGCGCAGCAGAUGCAAGAUGCAAAUGUUUCUCUUUACGAAGAGAAAGCGAAGACGCAGGAGCAACGCCGAGAGUGGCAGUGGCUGAUGGAACUUUGA